GCUUAUAGGAUAACACAAGCUCACUUUGCCUCUACCUAUCAUUUGCCAGCCACCCUUCACAUUUACAGGUUAAUGCCAAUGUCCCUGGUUCUAUUCUGUCAUAAAACUUCUGCCCUUGAGAAACAUAAAGAUUUACACUACCCUUGGCAAUAAAACUCGCCAAUUCGAUAGCCAGAGCAAGGUCAGAAGAGUCAUUUCAUGGUCAGGCCUUGGAGUUCUCAUCUCCCACGACUGGAAGCUUGAACUCAAGAAUCUCCAAAACCUAAAAAAGAACAUUUAAUAAAUAUUCUCUGCUGUUCAAACUCCCCCAACAUACCAGCCAUAAAUAGUGGGUUUUAUUCUCUACAGUUACAGCUCAAUUUAUCAAUACAGUUUGCGCAAUCAGGAUCUUUACAAGAUCAAGUGCUUGCUUGAAAGAUUCAAACUCGGUCUGUUUUUCUGGAAUGUAUGCAUUAUAUCUCACACCCCGAAUCUGUUCACAUCAGUCCCCUCGAUUUGGGUGUUUGUUCUUUCAAUUGCACAAAGUAUGAAUUUCUUAUUCCUUCCCUUCAUACAUGGACAAAACGGGAAAAGGCAAGCCGUGCGGAUUUGGAGAUGAGAACACUAGUGAUGUUGUUCUACACUUGAGAAAUUGUGAAGGAAGACCUGAAGUUUUCUACUCCCAUUCCCUUACCUUAGUAAGCAAGAGUAAGUUCUUUGCAGAUUGGUUCUCCAGUCCAGACUCUGGUAAAUGUGUUGAGAUUCACUGCACAGAGUUUAACUACGAUCAUCAUGUUAACUUCUUGAGAUUGCUGUACCUCCCUGUGGACUUGCAAUUGGACUCCUUGGACUCUGUUAAAUCUGCUAUUGGGAUUCUCGAGGUAUCUGUUGCUUUCAGCUGUGAAGAGGUCACAAAGAACUGCAUCCAUUACUUAGAGGCUGUUCCUUGGGAGGACAAGGAAGAGGAACAAAUAAUAAAAGCAGUCACCAAUCUAGGUCCAAUUGCCAUGCCCAUAAUUGCCAGGAUCAAACCAGUAGAUUUUACUGCUACCAAAAAUGUUUUUGUUUCAGCAGUUCGCUUUGCGACAUCUACUUGCGGGUCAUGCCCUCCAUUUGGUGAUGAACUUAAAAUCUCUGCUCAAGAACAAGUAGAAUACAUGUUAGGGGAAGAUGAGGACAUGCCAUUGGUUAUGGCUGAUGAUGAAGUAAAAUCAGUUGUGAGAGUAGGUCUUUCCAGAAUCUUUUCUACAUUUGAAAAGCAAUUAUCGUCCCUACUUGUGGAGUCUGACCUCACAUCUGAGACAGCUGAGGACAAUAUAUUGCAGUGUGUAUCUGAUCUGGAGUGGAUGGGCAAUUUACUUCCCAAGAUGGAAUUAAUGAAGGACUUUGUAUCAAACUGGGCUGAGAUCUCUGGCAACGUUUUGGGGAUACUUGAAGACAAGAAACUUGAAUCUCUCAUGUGGGGUUUGAAAGUGAAAUUGAUUGAAGUGAGCGGAAAGGCAUUAGAAGCAGUUGGUUAUGGCAGUGUGAUUCUUCCAGCUCCAGUUCGGGUGCAGCUGCUAAAGACAUGGCUUCCUUAUAUAAGGAAAAUAAAGCCUCUUUUAGAUUCUAAAGGUGCUGAAGACACGAGUUUUCCUCACAAGAUGGAUGAAGAUCUGUGCCAGAGUAUCGAAGGGGCAAUUGUCUCAUUGGUACUGGCAUUGCCAUCAAAUGACCAAGCUGAUAUCCUGGCGGAUUGGAUGAAAGCAGAUCAGGUUAGGUAUCCAGACUUGAGUGAAGCUUUUGAGGUUUGGUGUUAUAGAACCAAGUCGGCAAAGAGAAGAUUGGUCGAGGGCUUAGACAGGGUUGGCAACACAACUGUCAGCCUUUAACAAUCUAAUGCUGUUGUUACGUUAUUGUUUUUUUUCCUUUCCUCUUGAAUAGAUGGUAAUGAUUCUAUUUAUGUAAUCCUGACAUAAUCAAGUUCUAUCUGAUAUCUUGAUUUAUUUUCAUGCA